AUGUCGGCGACGCGGACGCUUGAGCUGACGCUGAUCUCGGCCAAGGACCUCAAGGACGUGAACCUGAUGUCCAAGAUGGAGGUCUACGCCGUGGUGUCGCUCUCCGGGGACCCCCGGUCGCGGCAGAGGGUCCAGGCCGACCGCAUCGGCGGCCGCAACCCGACCUGGAACGCCACGCUCCGCUUCGCCGUCCCGGCGACCGGCGCGGGUUCCAUCCACGUCCUCCUCCGCGCCGAGCGCGCCCUGGGCGACCGCGACGUCGGCGAGGUCCACAUCCCGCUCUCCGAGCUCCUCUCCGGCGCUCCCGACGGCCCCGUCCCGGCCAAGUUCGUCGCCUACCAGGUCCGCAAGAUCUCCUCCGGCAGGCCCCAGGGAGUCCUCAACCUGUCGCCGCCGCGUACCCGCCUCCCCUCCGCGUACCCGCCGCCGUCCGGCAAGGCUGACGCGUACGCGCCUCCCGCCGCGUACCCGCCUCCUGCAGGCAAGGCCGACGCGUACCCGCCCCCUGCCGCCGCCUACCCGCCGGCAGCCAAGGCCGACGCGUACCCACCUCCCGGCGGCGCGUACCCGCCCACCGGUGGCAAGGCCGACGCGCCGGCGACCGCUUACCCGCCCUCAUACGGCUACCCGCCCGCGGCAGGCAAGCCGGCGAAGGCGGGCGAGCCGGUGACGGCCUACCCUGCUGCCGGUCCCAGCACGGCGGCGCCCUACGCCGCUCCUCCGCCGCAGUACGGCGGGUACGGGUACCCGCCGCAGCAGCCCGCCGGGUACGGCUACCCGCCCCCGCCGCCGCAGGCCGGGUACGGGUACGGGUACCAGCAGCAGGCCGUGAAGCCGCAGAAGAAGAAGAACAACUUCGGGAUGGGGCUCGGCGCCGGGCUGCUCGGAGGCGCCGUCGGGGGGCUCCUGAUCGGGGACAUGAUCUCGGACUCGUCGGCGUAUGAUGCCGGGUUCGACGACGGCGGUGGCUUCGAUGGCGGCUUCGAUUUCUAG